AUGAAUGCUGUGGUUCCUGAUUCUGCAAAAACGCAGUCGGCGAAAUCGUAUUUGUAUACUACGUUAGCAAAAACACAUUUAGGUGAAGUUGCUGCUAUAAUCGUAUCUACAUUAAUAUCGAAUGGAAGAUUAACUGCUAAAGACCUUAGUCAUAGAUCUGAAGUUCCUCUCAAGCUAGUCAAAUCUACAUUAGUCUCAUUGAUUCAACUAGGUUGUAUUUCAUACUGGAAAGAAGAUUCUUCAAAACAAGUUUUCUACAGCUUUAAUGAGAAUGGAUUGUUGAUAUUCUUGCAUAGUGGAGAUAUCAUUAACCAUAUUAAAUUAACAUAUGGUGAUGAAUCAGCUGAAAUCAUACAGAAUAUCAUAGAAGUAGGUCAUAUGAAAAUAGAAGAUUAUUUACAAAAUAUUGAGGACCCAGACAUUGUUUUCAACAAAGAAAACUUGCUUUUAAAACUAUUCAGCGAUGGUUGGUUACGCAGAGUACAGUUAUCCAAUUUCCAACCAAUAGACGAUUUAUGGAACCAAUUAUACCAAGAGACUUUGAAAAACACGCCUAGAUCGACCACUGUAAGUGAGAUCAAGAGGGUUAAUGAAGCAAAGGAUAAAACAAAGCUCAAGUUUACUAAUUUAUUAGAAUCCGGUAACAGCGCCAAAGAAUUGUAUCAGAUUGAAAAUGGAAUCAAAAAAUUGUCCCCAAAUUUGGUCAUUGCAUUCAAUUUGUCCAGGUUCGAAAAGCACCGUAGAACAGAACAAUUGACAAACUUAGCCAAAGCAAGAAUUGGUAUAUUAACUUCAAAGGUCUACGAAUGUGCUCUACAAUUAAUCGAACAAAAUUCCCCGGACUUGAGACAUAGCUUUUUGAAAAUAUCUGGAUUGAUAAAUGAUCCAGUAGAAGAACGGUUAUUUGUAAACUCUAUUGAAAAUCUGUUAGUUGAUGAUAAAAAAAUAGUAUUUAAUGUGAAGGACUUGGUGAAAAUUACUCCUAAGGAAUUGGAUUUAAGAAAUUCCAUCUUAACCCAUAAUUUCUUGAAGCCGACAUUCAAUCCUAAGAAAAGAGUCAACGAUGAGAUACAAGAUCUGAACUCCAAAAAAAUUAAAACAGAAGAUAGCACUAGUAACUUAAUCCUUGAACUUGACUCUGGUGUACUGGAGGUUAACAUUGACUUUGAUAUGCAUAAUACCGACAAUUCAGAACCUCAUUCGGUUUCUCUAAUCAACCACCAUUUGAAAUUAUUAUCAUCCGGGGUAAUACCUUUCUUAAUUGAAAUUACCCCUGGUACAUACACUGUACCAUAUACUGAUUUAAUGAAGCAUGUAAAGCAAUUUAAUUACGACACAUUAAUAAAAACAACCUUAGGUUUAGAUGCCUUCAGAAUUUUAAGAUGCCUUAAGUCAUUGAAAUUGGCUGAUGAGAAAACCUUAUCCAAUUCCAGUUUAUUGAAAGAUAAGACUGUUAGGAAUGAACUCUUUAAAUUGAUGAAUCUCAAUAUGAUUGAGAUACAAGAAGUUCCCAGAAGUGCUGAUAGAGCUGCUUCUAAGACAUUUUACCUUUUCAGACACAAGGAAUUUAGCGCAUAUAAUUUCUUACACAAUUCCUUGACUUUUUGUAUGGCGGAUAUAUUACAGAACAUACAGCAGUUUAAGAAUGACAAUAAAAUCUUAUUAGAGAAGUGUGAACGUGAGGAUGUCAAAGGAAACGAAGAGGAAUUGUUAUUGGAAUCUGAAUUAAAGACAUUGAAAAAUCUUCAAGUAAGAGAAAUCAACAAUAUCGGUAAAUUUAAUAGAAUCAAAACCCUCUAUGAAAUUUUUGACAAUUGUUAG